UCUGAUAUAUUUCACUUAUAAAGACGACAUCGAUCAUAGAGGCAAUUUAUUAAAUAUAGAUUUUACUUUCUUUUAAAAAUGAUUAAAAAAUUUUUAAUUAUUUUUUUUAUUAUUAAAAUUACCACCGCUAAUCAUGAAAUACCAAGAGAUCAGUGCACAGACGAAUUAAGCGAAAUAGUCCUCGAUGAAGCCGCCGCGAAAGGGUUCGCGCGUGUAAACGGCGCCGACGGUAUCGAGAACACAACCAACCUCGUCUUUAUAGCAAACACCCAGGGCUCGCCUCAAUAUUAUCCAUGCCCAGGAGUUCUCUUAUCAAAAACACACGUACUUACAUCAGCACAUUGCACCGUCGACGAUCAUGUGCUCGUCAUAACCGGUUACAAGUUCAAUUUAGACGAACAAACCGAAGAAUUUAUUAACACGACCGUCAGUCAAGUUAUUCAAGUACCCGGUGCUUCGAAUCUCAUAAUUCUCAAGAUGGCAAAAGAACUUCGUGAUGACAAUGAACGGAAAAUUCUUGAAUUGCCAACGAGAGAUUCAGAAGUAGAGAAAAUUUACAAAAUCGUUGGCUGGAGUUUUACUCCAGGUCGCGAUAUUUUCUUUGACCCUUUUCUUAUUCAUGAGGGAGACGCUAAAGUUACUGAUACAGUUUCCUGUACGAGGACGAACAGCGACGAGUUGUGUAUGGAGUUAAUAAAUACAACUGAGGAAUACAAUAUGAUCAUCGGGUCACCGUUGAUUCAAAACGACCAGAUUAUGGGCUUCACUCACUUCAAUUGCAACACAAAAGGACCAGUCACAAAAGUAUUUCCAUACGUCGACGAAAUAAAAAAAAUUAUUUCAUAAAAAUAUAAAUUACAAAUAUUUUAAUUUAUAUCUGUCAUGUCUCUAAUAAAUAAAAAUAUAUAUAGUUAUAUAGA